UCUUUGGUGCAGGAAAAAGAAUAUGUAGUAAGUGACACGACAAUGGAAUCAACCGUCGGGGACAAGGGAUGUAAUGAGGUCCAACGGAAUGAGACUAUUGAUGUUGAAUUUGAGAAGACGAUAGAGAAUGAUGACAGAAUGAGGAGAGAUUUAAUUGUGGAAUUUGAAAACAUAGUGUCAGAUGGCCGUGAACUUCAUGCUGGUGUUGACGGCGAUAUAACAUUAUUGGCGAGCCAUGAUUUGGGAUGCACAAUGGAAGAAACAAAAAAGACGGUGGAGUGUGAUCAGGCAGUGAUCACAGAACUUCACGACAUUGAAUUUGGGAAAGGCGAAGAAGAUGGUAAUGAUGCUAAUGUUCAUGAUGAUAUUGCAUCAAUGACAAAGACCAAAAUCGAUAUUGGUAUGUGUGAUACAAUGAGAAAAAAAGUUUAAAAGUAUAGGUAACAUAUGUAACCACCACAGCAGCUAGUGUGGACUUGGUUAUCUUUUCUGAUGAGG